UGCAGGCCUGCUGACAGCGGUAGCAACGACACUGGCUGUUCGUCGGUGACACUUCGUUACCGUCAUUACAACAUCCACGGCAAGGUGCCUGAUGCCCGAGCUUCUACCGUUCAGACGACAUUUUCAGCCGCUAAAAGAAGGGCUUGUCUAACAGGCAGCACUGACCUUCAGGCUGAAAGGUCAAACACUGUGAGGGUGGAGCCCAAUGGAUCAUGGUGGUCAGUGUGAGAGGGAGGGCAGAGUAAAGUCGCAAGUUCCUGUAGGCGCGGUUAAACUCUGUGAUAACCUACCCAACCCUGAACCUCUCACUGCCCAAACUCAAAACCUCAACGAGACAAACACGCUCACACAGAAUCUUUCACAAAAUGAAGAGGGGGGAGUGCACAGGCAAAUCCAAAAAAACACUUUCAACAACAGUGGGAAGGAUGGGCAGGAGGAACAGGGGAAGGAGGGAUACACAGGAAGAACCCGAGAGGAGGAUGAGGAAGAAGACAUUGAUGAGGUGAUGAAAGAAGAAGACGAUGAGGAGGAAUCAGAGGAAUCAAACGGUCUAAUUCGAUGCCAGUCUCCAGACACUCCUAUGACAGAUUCUUCGUAUUCAGAAACUGGCAGUCUGUUGGAGACUCCGUAUCCUCUCAGCCCUGGGACCAGUCCAGAGCCUACAUCCCCUGUCAUCCCAGUGAUCAGUCCAGAAACUGCAUAUCCCAUCAGUUCAGUGGAAUUUAGCCAGAGUGUUGUCAAAGUGGAUUCUCGUAUGUCCAACACUGGAUCAGUUGCCUUUACCACAGGGCCUAUAGAUUCUACUACACUAACUGUAACCUCAGACGCAAGGCCCACCAGCCCAACUGGGCCCACACGUAUCACAGAAGAUACAGUCAGGAUAGCAAAAAAUACUGACUCCACCACAGAACAUCUUACCUCAUCUACAGAGCCCAUCUUCAACCAUGGACCUGCCAGUUCACAUGCAGGACCUAUCACCUCAACAACAGAGACAUUUACAGUAACUGCUUGCACCACAAGGCUCAACUCUUCAGUUGUUUCUACUCUUAUGAGUGCAACAACAGGACCCCUUGCCUCCAGCACAGGGCCUACAACUACUUGUACAGAAUCCACUUCCACCACAGGACCUAUAACCUCAAACUGGGAACACAUUACUUCCAUGCCAAUGCCCACUGGUUUCUCAGUCUCCACCUGCGCCACUGGGCCUAUUCCAAACCCUGCUCUGGUAGAGUCUCUUGAGCAGUUGGCAAAAAGGGGAGAUGACACUCACUUUCCACAUUACCUUCACCAGAUUGCUGAGGCUUUUGUUCUUCACGAAGACUACCAGCAAGCAUUAUUGUGCAUCCAACUAGAGAGACUCUAUCACCAGAGAGCAUUGGACAACCUGAAUACACUACAGGAGCACUGGGAGAGUCAGUGUAAAAGGACUUCCUCUGACCUGGGAACCCAACAUCUGGACAGUCUUAAACACAUCUGCCAGACGCACAGUCGACCAAGGGCUAGAGAUGCUGUGUGUGGAUCUCUGGACCUUUUGAGGCCUACAUUUGAAGAAGGUGGUGCACUGCCUUCGUGUACCUCAGCCCAUCACGUGGAGGGAGGGAUCGAGCAGAGAGCCAGAGACUCCUCCCAUUCUGAGAGCAGUGAUCCAGUCCAACCCUCCAUUAAUUUGGCGGAUAGGCCCAAUUCCCCUGAGAUCUCAGAAAAGGACAGGGAAGACCCAAACAGGGAAUCAGAGGGGAGGGAGGGUUUCCGUGGAUCUCAGCUGACUGACAAGCAGGACAGCGACAGAGAGGGAGGCGAGGCAGAAGGAGCAGUAGGACACACCAUUUCAGCCUUAGGAAAUGGUCUGCACCCCUCUACAGCUGGAGAAAUGGAUCAGUCCAAGCCCGCAGAGCAGCAGGGAGGAGAUUUAGGUCCACCAGAGAGACAGGAGGCAAAAUGGGAAGAAGAGGAGAGUGACGUGGAGGAGGCAGCAGAGGCUUUGGAGAUGGAAGAUGAGGGAGAGGAAGAAGAGGAGGAGAAGCAGAAGGAAAGAGACUCUGCUUUUUGUCAGAAAGCUCUCCCAGUGGAGACUCUGGUCAGUGGGGCAGAGGUGGAGGUACAACAGCUGCACCAGGAAGCCCUAGCUAAGGAGAAACUACAUGAGGAGACCCAGGAGAGCGCUAAAACCUAUCUGCACCAGAAGGCCCACCUUCCUCAGGAGGCUCAUAUAAAGCGGCUUGGGGAGGAAGAGGAGGAGGAGUACGAAAUAGAGCAAGAUGACAUCAUCAGAGAGGCUGUCUCACUGGAUGACAUGGCUAAACUCAUCACUAUAGAGGAGAUGUCUCCUGCCUCCGGGCUGGUCUCCAUAUUGAAGAAGCGGAGUGUGUGUGUGGACGACAUGAGUGUGUCUCCCAGUUCAGAGCCCCAGCCUGACAAACCCAGAGCCAAAAGACGCGUCCGCUUCAAAGUUCCUGACGACUAUGAGCAGGACGUUGGCGGUGGGGACUCCUGCCUUCUUCUCUUCCUGCUUUGUCUGGUGACUGUAGUGAUCAGUGUGGGGGGCACCGCCCUUUACUGUGCUCUGGGUGAUGCCCAGUCCUCCGUCUGUCAGGACUUCUCCAGAAAUGUAGACUUCUACAUUGGCCACAUACAGCGUGGGAUGGCCCAUAUCCAACACUGGUUUACCCCCGGGUCAUAGCAGCGAACAGUUUGUCAGCAUGGUGGAGCCACUGGCCUUCAUGUUAAUAACUGUAGGUUCCAGCAGUUCCUGCUACUUCCUGCGACAUUGUUUUCUGAGGUAAUGGUGCCAGGCAGCUGCAACAGUCCCUGCCUUCAUGUGGAGAAAGUGGCCAUUAUGCUGCCUAAUAGGCUAAAUGAUUAUAUCAGAUACAGUUGGCAUUUGUAAGUGUGCUCUUUUGCAUUUUUAAUGCUCUGUGAAUAAAAUUCCAGAGUUCACUGAGACUGAAAGAGGCCAAUGUUCCUUUACAACACUAGUUUGAAAGGAAAAGCAGAGCAGAAGAGGAAGAACUGACCUACCCCUCUCAACUCGGUCCAGAUUAAAUAUGUAAUAAAUUCUCGAAAUAAGUUUUAAAAUUAUGAUGGGAGGAAAGUGUCUAAUUGAAUGAGCUGAGAGCUGUCUCCAUAAUCAUGCUCAAUGUCAGCCAGUGAUACUUAAGUUUGUGGUAGGUAAAUUAACCAUUACUGACUCACACUGGACUCCAAGACUCGACUCAACUCUGUUGAGUGAGAGAUAUAUAUGUGUAUAUGUAUGUAUAUGUAUGUAUAUGUAUAUAUAUGUAUAUGUAUGUAUAUGUAUAUAUA